UACGAAAAAUGUUGUUGAAAUACGUUAAACCAUUGGUGGAGCAACAGGUGAGAUAUAUCUCAUCUGCCUCGACAGCUGUCACAAGGCUGCAUCGUUCCAUUUAUGCUCGCCAGUAUCCAACUGUUGUUGUUUUGCCGGAUGGAUCCACAAUUAACAUUCGCUAUCAGGAGCCAAGGAAGAUCAUUAAGCUCCCCUUGGAUUUAAGCACCUUAACUGAAGCUGAACGUAAGGCUCGCUUGGAGGCACGUAAACCACGUAGAAAGAUAAAUGUUGUUGAAGAAGUCGAAGAUAAUUUCAAUGCUAAGAAAUACAUGAAAUAUAUUAAGAAGAAGUAAUAGGCUAA